GCAGAUUCCAUGAAAGCUAGUCGGCCUACUCGAUAGUAUGAAAAUCAAGGCGGUUGAGUUCUAUUCAGGAAUCGGAGGCAUGCAUUACGCUCUCAGAGAGGCAUUUGCGGAUUCGUGUGUUCUUGCUGCGUGUGAUAUCAACACAACUGCGAAUGAGAUAUAUGCUUAUAACUUCCCGGAAACGCGACUGCUACAAAACAACAUUCAGGCUCUUACAGUCAAUAAGCUGGAUAAAAUGGAAGCGGAUUUAUGGAUGAUGAGUCCUCCAUAGUGUCUUGAAUAUUCACUCAAGCGACGAUGGAUUCUGAGCAUUUUCCAUCGUCACAAUCUUGCUCUUCGUCAUAUGUGGAAAGGUCUCCAGCGUGGCGCAAAUGACAAACGUUGUGAUUCACUCUUUGCACUUAUGGAAAAGCUCAAAGUCAUGAAAUCUCGGCCAUCUUAUAUCUUGCUAGAGAAUGUGGUUGGAUUUGAAGCAUCUACCGUGCAUGAUGCCUUAGUCGAAAUUCUCAGUGAACUCGGUUAUGGACUAAAGGAGUGCAUCCUUUCGCCGCUUCAGUUUGGAAUUCCAAAUUCUCGUCCUCGUUACUAUCUGCUGGCUUCCAGCAAUCUUCCAGCCACUGGUGUCGCUGAAGAUAUCAGCGAAUUUCUGCAGCAAAGCUGCUCGGACGGGUCUCGAGAGAUCGGUGUUUUUUUGGAUGAGUCGUCGGUUACUCCUUCACUGUUCCUCGACAAGGAUUUGCUUGAAAAGUACGGACCCGCUCUAGAUGUUACGUUGACAACCUCUACAAGAUCCGCUUGUUUUACAAAAUCUUAUGGGAGCUACAUAUCUGGAUGUGGUUCAUAUUUUUGUUACAGAUCUGAUUUCGUAGUGGAAAAACAUCUCACCAAAAUUGCUUUGGAAAAUCUUGAAACCCUUUCGCAAGCUGUUCGACGGUUUUCUCCAAGAGAAAUGGCAAACCUGAUGUGUUUUCCGGAAGAUUUCAAAUUCCCGGUUAAAUCAUCACAUAGACAAUUAUAUCAAUGUCUUGGAAAUUCCAUUAAUGUUCAUGUCGUUGCAGUUGUUUUGAGAUUUCUACUCAGUUGUUGA